AUGUCUCCGACGACAUCUUUCCGAUCACCAAGCUUCUCGCUUUACGCUUCCUCUAAUUGUACUCCGAUCUCUCCACCAAUCUGGACCCGACCAUUUCGGAAUUCCUGCAACAGAUGCUACGGUCUAUCAUUCUCGAGCCCGUCCUCUCUUACUUCUUCUUCUUCUCCGAUCGGACCGGAAAAUCUAGUUUUCUCAUCAACGAAGCAAUCUCUCUCCGUAAAGGUCCAAGCGUUAGCUGCUGAAACCGAACAGCCAAAAUGGUGGGAGAGGAAAGCAGGGCCAAACAUGAUUGACAUUACCUCAACCGAACAGUUUCUAAACGCUUUGAAAGAUGCCGGAUAUAGAUUAGUCAUCGUUGAUUUCUAUGGAACUUGGUGUGGUUCUUGCCGAGCAAUGUUCCCAAAGCUCUGCAAAACAGCGGAACAACACCCUGAAAUAUUGUUCCUUAAAGUAAACUUUGACGAGAACAAGUCACUCUGCAAAAGCUUGAACGUCAAGGUGUUACCAUACUUCCACUUGUACCGCGGCGUUGAUGGCCAAGUCGAAUCCUUCUCAUGCUCUCUUGCCAAGUUCCAGAAACUGAGAGAUGCUAUAGAGAGACAUAAUGUAGGAAUUAGCAGUGACCACUCAUCUUCGGCUUCUGAGAAAGUUGAAGAUUCAAGCGUAUAA